UAUCAUAUCGUAACUGGAAAUAUGUUAUUUCCAAAAUUGACACUAAUAUUAUGUACAUUCCUUUAUGUACACGUCACACAAGUAGUUGGUGUUGACAAAUACAAGGAUUAUAAAAAUUAUAAAUCCUACGAAGUAACUGGAAAUUCAAAUGGACUGAACAAUCUAAAAAAUGCCUUACAAGAAGACGGUAACUCAAUUUUUUAUUUUGGCGGUGUAAGUUCCACUGAAGUGGUGGUAGCACCAGAAUUAAACAUUAAAUUUCGGGAAAUCGCCUCCAGAGAGAAAUUGAAUGUCACGCUUCUGUAUAGUGACAUUUCGAAGAUAAUUCGCUUUGAAAAACCAUGGCCUUUACGAGGCAAACAAGAGUUAUCGUGGGAUGCCUAUUACGACGUUCCUGUUAUUAACAAAUACCUCAAAAACGUGAGUAGGACAUAUCCCACGUGGACAAAUUUAAUAGUGGGCGGCCAAAGUUACGAGGGCAGGCAGAUCAGAGGUCUGAGAAUUAACACUCCUAUUGACAACGGCGAGACGAAACCUGUAUUUUUCAUUGAAUCAGGUAUCCACGCCCGAGAAUGGAUAGCGCCAGCCGUAACAACGUACUUCAUCAAUCAAUUGCUCACGAGCUCGGACCCUAAUGUAAAGAGAUUGAGGGAUCAAUUCGACUGGAGGAUAUUCCCCUCUGUUAAUCCUGAUGGAUACCAUUACACACAUACAUUCGAUCGGUUUUGGCGUAAAACGCGUUCAAUAUCGCCCAACGGCUGUGUAGGUGCCGACCCUAACCGCAACUGGGAUUAUAAUUGGGGACAAGAAUCGUCAUCCCACGAGCCAUGUAACUACCAAACAUAUUGCGGCUCGCAGCCAUUCUCCGAAAUCGAGACAAGAUCUCUGUCGUCCUACAUCUCCAGGAUAAAGAACAUGUUGUUCUAUGUUUCAUUCCAUUCGUAUGCGGCCGUACUCCUGAUGCCAUUGUCCGAUUCCAGACAACACGUAGAAAAUUAUGAUGAUUUGAUACGAAUUGGCAAAGCUUCCUUGGAUUAUGGUUAUAAAGUCAACAAUGUCAGAUACAAAAAUAUAGGUACUGCAGCUGAGAUCUUAUACCCAGCGUCCGGAGGUAGUAUGGACUGGGUACGGAACACCUUGAGAACACCGCUAGUAUACACAUAUGAGCUUCGAGGCAACUCCUUCCACUGGCCGCCCUCCAGGAUCACAGAACAAGGAGACGAGGUCGUCCAGAUGAUGCUCGGUCUAGCCACGGAGGCCAAAAAGAUGGAAUAUUUUUAAUUUAGGUGCCUCAUCAACUUAGACCUCAAUAAAAAGUCAA